CAUAGAAGGUGUCUGGGUGAAGCUAGUUUACUGGUAUAAGAAGGAUGGUGUAACUGCAGUUGUGAACUUAAGGGACAGGAAACUGUACUCAUACACAAUGGGAUGCCUGAAGGAACGACUGUUGAUCUUGGCCAUCUGUCUGUCUGUCAGUCUGUCUGUAGUAACAGGUCUGCGGUGCUAUGUCUGUGACUAUUACCAUCUAGAAUCAUCCAGUGCAAUUGUGAACCAAGCCUUGUCUGCAGUCACAUCCCUUUCUGACGAGAACUGCAAAGACAGUGGUAACAAGCCACAAACAUGUCCCUCCGAUAGUGGGUACAAGUGUGGCAAAUUUCAAUCCACAGUGGAAGGUUCGGUUUUUGGAGUGGACGUAAAGAUGGAUAUAGUGUCUCGUACCUGCUCCCCACAGGCUACUGCUUCCUCAGACAGGUGUGAGACAGCUACUGACAACGACAAAUCCCUACUGCCAGUAGGCUUUUUUUCCAUAGUGAAAGUCACCUCUGUUUAUGGAACGGAUUGCGUGUGCUCCACAGAUGUAUGUAACGGUCAGCUCAGCAUUACCGCCGAGAAAUUCUGUUGGCUGGCUGGGCUACUUCUGGCGCUGAUGGCACGUCAGCUGUGAAAACGCUGUACUUUCGCUUUUCAGUUUCAAGAAACACAAAAAUAUAUAUAAUCGAAUGGCUAAAUUCUACCGUUGUUAUUGAGAAUGGAUACAUGUUUGCUUACGUUUUUAAUAAUUCGGUGAAAAUUUACAUUUACUGUACGUGUGACUCUUGAAUAGUUCCAGAAAUGAAAAGAAUCGGUCAUAAACCAUUAAAUACAAAGCAUGUAAGAGCCGUAUCUACAAAACUAGGAAACAUUAAUUGAGAUGAUCGAGGAGACUCCAGUCAAAUGAUUUAUGACAUAUCCACGUUGUCUUAAAAUCUACAAGAAUGAUGUUCUAUGUUCACUGGCCUGUAGAAUUCUUGUUAUAAGUGCAGUUGUUGUACAAAUAAAGAUUUUUUCAA